AUAUUACGUCAUGGCCAAGACCCCUUCCUCCCACCACUACGCGUCUACCGACGAUACGAUUAUCUGUCAUUUCCAAAAGUUGGGAGGGCAAAAAGUCAAGGGAUAAUUUAAUUCCAGCUUCAAAUCUUCCACAUCUCGCCUCAUUUCGAUACAGCUCUCUAUAAGCUUCUGAAAUCUCUCUGAUUCACAAAAAAGGGGACUGAUCGCGAUAGCGAGAAAAUUCAUAUAUGUCUUUACUCAAGCGCAAUGCUAAUGGCGACUAUGAAGACUGGCGAGUUUACACCCCCGUAACGAACCCGACUGUAACCAGUUCGCCCGAUUCUGCUCGUCUAGCAAACCGGAAAAGAAAAUUCAAAUGUGAGGACGACAGUCGAUAUAUCUGUGCCCGCGUCGCCAAUAAGCGCACUGGCUCGCCCACGUCCAGUCCGACAUCGCUCGUACCAUCGCCUCGUCCUAUAAAACGGGCUCGAAAAGUCAAGCCCGCGGAUAAUGAUUGGUUUAUCGGUUCCGAAAGCAGUACUCUGACGGCCUCCCAAAUUUCUUCAGCAGCCUUGCAAGUAAUCAAUCCAGUUACCACCGCCAACUCCUCUGCAGCUCGCGACACAAAGCCGGAUGAUCCUUCCACAGUCGACCAGUGGUUCUCCGAUCCAACCCACGGCUAUUCCAUUCCUAUAUCAUCGACGUCUCAGGCCGAGGCACCUCCAAAGGCCCCAGCAAAGCCAAAGACCCCUCGUCAACCAAAACCCAAACUCGAGAAGCGCGGCGCCAUCUUCAAAAAGAAAUGUCCUCAAAACAUUCUCGAGAGACUGGAUAGGGUUAUCGAACAAAGGUUCUUCAUGAUUGAUAGGGAACACAAUGGUGAUGAGUUGAAGGAGACCUUCAAGGUAUUGGGCUCUACAGGGAAUGUUUAUACUGUUGUCAUCGACCGGACACCCCGUUGUGAUUGCCCCGAUGCUUCGAAGGGCAACCAUUGCAAGCAUAUCAUCUUCAUAUUUAUAAAAGUCCUCCAGGUUCCCCAUGAAUCACCAUACUGGUACCAAAAAGCCCUUCUGACGACCGAACUCCAAGAUGUUUUCGCACGCGCGCCAAACGCCAUUGCGAACGAACGACUUCGCCAAGCUCAUUUACGAGCUACUGGGAAAGCGCCUGCCUCUGACUCCAAUAAUGCCAGCAAUAAGCGCAUGCCAACAGAGGAAGAUGACUGUCCGAUCUGCUACGACAAGAUGCACACCGAGCCAGAAAACAAGCUUACGUGGUGCGAGGUUUGCGGAAAUGCGCUACAUGGGGUUUGUUUUGCUCAAUGGCGAACGACCGCUCAGAAGUCAGGGAAGAAGGUUACUUGUGUCUGGUGUCGGGCGGAGUGGGUUCUGCCGGAUGCGGGAAAGGGCAAGGGUAAGGCUAUCGGAGACGAGGGGUAUGUCAACUUGGCGGCGGUAGCAGGGGUUAGUACGCAGAGGGAUACUUCGUCCUAUUACCAUGGAGUGAGGAGAGGAAGCAGAUAUUAUGGAUAUCAGAAGCAUGGGAUGCGGUGAUAUCUUUGUGAUCUAUAAUAGUUAAUCUAUGAUGCGUGCCUUAUCAUCUUGAUUCCUGAG